AUGUCAUGCGACGACUCACUUAUUGUUGAUAACUCUUUACAAAAUCCACAGCCUUCUGCUUCAGUACGCCCGUCUCUGGGAGGGGAAGUGACACUGCAAAGUAUCGCGAAUUUAUUGGAUUCUAAACUUGAAUCAAAAUUGGAUGAAAAGUUUGAAUUAUUUAAGAGAUCAUUUCAAUCUAGUAUGAGCCACCUCAUAAAAAAAGAAGUAGUUGCUGCUAUUGACCAAGUCAGGCUUGAAUUUACACAAACUACAGACUUUUUACAAGACGGGCAGAAAGAGCUCAAAUCGGACAUCGAGUCGACUGAUGCAAAGGUUAAGUCACUUGAGAAACAAAAUACUGAUCUGAAAAAAGAUUUGAAUGCUUUGCAAAGACGUCUGGAAUCGAUAGAAAAAGUAUCGCGUAGCCUUAAUGUUGAAAUUCAGGGAGUGCCCGAAAAGAGAAACGAGAAUGUUAUGACGCUCGUAAAGAAUCUGUAUAAUGCAGUGAGCUUACCUACUACAGAUACUGAAAUUAGUACUUGUCGCCGAGUUGCGAAGUUACCUACAACUGCAUCGAGCCGCCCACGUAACAUUUUGCUAUCACUGCCCUCUAUGCGCCACCGUGAUACUCUCCUGUCAGCUGUCAAGCGUUACAACAAAUCAAACCCCGGUAACACAUUAAGUUCUGUGCACUUAGGGAUACAGGGCGACAAAUGUCCUGUCUACGUUUCUGAACACCUAUCACCAGAGUGCAAGGAGCUUUUCGCCUUGUCCAGAGUAGCAGCCCGAGGAAAAUACAGAUACGUAUGGGUUAAAUAUGGAAACAUUUAUGUUAGGAAAGAUGAGAACUCUCCGGCGAUCCACAUUAAAAACAAGGAUUGUCUAUCGAAAAUCAAAUAG